AUGGGUAAAAAUAGGCAAUGGCCGACAAACAUCACGGAGGUUGAAUGUGUAAAAUUUGUCGGUGAAAAUGAAUACAGAAGCAUCGGUAUUACAAUUUACAAACCUGCUUUGGUCUAAAAAUCAUUAUUUUGUCGUAUUCCAUAAUUAUAUUGAAUUUAAAAAUGCGAUUAAUCAAUAUAAUCUUUUAAUUUAUCUUCAUACUCCAACGUGGUCCUAAACCGACGUCGUUAAUGCCGAACUUCUGAGUCUGAGUAGCCUAAGCCUAACCAGUAUUCUUCUACCUUCUUAAUUUUCUUCAAAACCUAAUAAAUCUCUGGAUAUGACGAUACCCUUUUAUUUUCCUCAAGCAUCACAAAAUGACUUUCUAAAAUGAAAAAUAAUUUCAUGAGCCUAAUUAUACAUUUUUAAAUUAAAAGCAAUCUUUCUUUAUCAAUCAACUUUUGCCUUUAUUUAAAUUCUAUUCAGAAUUACUAUUCAAUAUUGGCAUUCAUUCAAUAUUAUUACAGACCAUUAAUAUAUUGUCAUUAUUUCAUAUUUGUAUAUUAGUGUACUAGUCUCAGUGAUCAGACCGUAAAUGUUCUUUAUUUAUUAUUUACUACAAAGUUUAGCCCUUUACUUUUUAAAAUAAAUGAAAGGAUGACCAUGCUGUUAGUUGAUUAGUAAGGUCAGUGUCAUUAGUGUCAAAUUUGAGAAAACUUUGACAAUUAUCUACAACUUAAGCCUUAGGCUUAGCAUUUUUUGUAGUUUGUUCUAAUCCUACUAACUAAAAAUAAAUGUCGUCAUUGCAAAAAAAUUGAAUUUCAAUUAUUAAAAUUAGGGAGGGGCCUAAAACUAAUGAAAUUGGCAAAAUUAUAAUGAGUAUGAGGCCUAUAGACUAUCGGCUAUAGGCACUGUGGCUUAUUAUUUUAUUGAAGUGGCUUUUUAGUUUUAGUCCAAAGGGACCUGUGUCUGAAUAGCCGCUAUUCAGAUGUCAUUUGUGGUAGCUUAUUUUAGUUAAACUGAAUAAGUAAGUUUACAAACAUAUAGUCGUCAAAUUAAUUAUCUUCCAUUUGAUAACGAAUUUUGUCUUACAAAUCCAACAUUUUAAAUAAUUUUAAUGAACCCAACCUCUCACUCUUGAAUCUUGGGUCCGUAUAGCCGCAGCCUUAUUUUAUAAAGUGGGAAAUCAAGACCUGAGGCUAAAGCCAAAGCAUUUAUUUUUAAAAUUAGGCCUAGGCUAUUAUUUUAUGCAUACAAAAAGUAGGGUCUUAAUGUUUUUAGACUCAUUACAAAUUUAUAGGGGUUAACCAAUACAUGUUGAUUACUUGGUAAAUUUAUGCAAUCAGUUACUACCCUUUUCCAUUGUUGGCUGUUGGGUACUCAUUUUUUUUUUUCAUUAUUGCCAUCUUUGUUGUCAUGACAGUAGACAUGUCAAAAUUGUGGUACCCAGCGGGAAAAAAUGGAGAGCGAAAAAAGAGGCAAUGUGCUACACAUGUAGUCAUACAUUUUGUCCAUGGCGAAUGUAGCAGCUAUUUUAUCCCUCUACUUUUGGGGCAAGAGGUCUAAACGAUCUACUGUCACUCCUCCCCUCAAGUCUCACUAAAACAUGUUUGCAACAGUUACACACUGGUGAGAGAAGCGUAAAAUGAAGAAAAAGAUAUUAAAAUAUUUAAAAAAUAUUCAACAUUUUAAAAAUUCAACUUUCAGUUUCAUUGAGUAUACUUUUGCACACUAUAUUGCGGGCUCCACCAAUAAUAAAAUCCAAAGAUAUCAGAAAAGUCUAAAUUCCUUUUUCAAAAUGAUGAGACCAGAUCGCCUUGUUUUAAAAUAUUAUAAUGAACCAUGACACGAAAUGUUCAUUUUAAAAAUUCAUGAAUCAAAAGAUUCCAUCUGCAUUUAGUAUUAACAUAAAAAAAUAAAAUUAACUCUGCUAAUAAUUCAUGACUAAACAAGGGGAGUUUACUCAUACACAGAAAACUGGGGGUGGUAUAGGAUAGAGUAAGUUGGCUUUUACUUCUUAGCUGAGCGUAGACCUGAUAAGUAGCAUUAUUUGAUUUUUUUCACUGAUGAUGUUAACAAUGUAGCUACUUUUGGUUGAUUUAUUCAUUGUUUCCUUCUUACUCUUUAUUUUUUUUUUUGUAGCUUCUGACCCUGAAAUUUUUUAAAAUCACACCUUUAACCAUAAAACUAUAUUUUCUUUUGAAGCAGGCAGGACAGGCAUUUCCUGACCUGAUUUCAGCUGCUCUUUAUGGAGCAGGAAUUUCUGGGGAUGACUUAGCUUUUGACUUCAGUGAUUUUGAUGAUGGCACUGGGGAUACAGUACAGAAUGAAGCAUAUCUCACGGAGGUAAAUAGUAGUUUAGUACAGCGAUCACCAAAUGAUGGUCCAUGGACCAGAACCAUUCUGUGAGCCUUACGUUGCCUGUCCAUGGGCCUUAUGUUGCUGGUCAGCACAAUAUGAAUAUUAAUAGUUAAUUAAAAAAAUAUAUAUUAAAUAAAUCUGGCACCGAUCCCUGACUCAUUUUCAAAACUUGUCCACUGGCUCGCCAAACUUAAAUUUUGAGUAACAUUGAGUUAGUAGACUUUAUAAUUUAAGAGCAAGUAAAACUUAGUUAUAGGGUACAUUUAAAAUUCUAGGCCUAAAGGUCUUGUUAUUUAACUUUCUAUCUCUACAGUCUACAGGCCUAAUAUAGUAUUAUUUUAAACAAACACUUAAUUGCGCUGAUGGUCUAGAACAUGGGACUAGUACAAAAUCAACAUGGGAAUGAACAAGCUAAAUGGGUUUUUGUUAAAUGUCAUUCUUAAUAAUCAUUUUGUAAAUGUAAUAGUAAUAACAAUAGUAAAAUUUAUAAUGAAUAAAAAAAAUUUAUCAACUAGCAUAUGCGUAUAUAUCCACAUUUAAAUAUGCUAAAUGUUUUUUCAGGCUCAAUCUCAAGAUGGGGUACAAACUCUGUCCCAGAACUUACAGGCUGCAACUGGCCAUCAUGAUGCUAGCUCAACAAAUGUAAUGCGGCAGUUGGCAAAUCAAGCCCAACAGAAUCAGCAACCUGCAAUACAAGCCAAUCAGCCAAUGACUAUUAUCAACCCACCACACAUACGACCUCAACAGACUGUCAUGUCAGCGACACAGGUUAUUCAUUCCCAGUCAGUGGCACAACAAAGCAUAGCCCCUCAGGGUAUGCAGUCAUUUAGGAUUAUUAGAACUCCAACUGUGAUUCGUACACAGCAAACUUUACAGCCUGCUCUUCAGCAGCAGAAAGUACGCAGCCAGCCUAUUCCAAGACAUUUGUUAUCACAAUCUGUAACCCAAGUGUCUAGUCCACAGGUACUGAACUUUAUUUUUGCAUUUCUUCCAUAUUUAAAAAUGCACUUUGCUGUUCACUUGAACUUUAUAUACCAUGGGUUUGUUUGUUUUGAAUAUUUAGAAACUUUUGGUGAACUUUGUUUUUUUAUUGGUGUUUUGAGUAAUUUAUCCAUUGAAUGACCCCAUCAAUCAGAAGUAGAUAACAUGACAUGUAUCUUAAUGUUUAAUACAUGGACAUGGUAGAUUCCACAUAGUUUAGACAGAGCAUCUUUAUUCCAUGAUUUCGUGUGUUUUUGUUAAUGCUAAGCCUAUGCCCAAUCAAAACUGUUUUAAGUUAUAAAUAUAUCAAAACUGUCAGUAACUAAGGUGUUUAAAUCAGGGAUUCCUCCUCCCAAAUAGCAGCUGAUUUGGUGGAGUGCAAAAAUAGUACACUUAUGGUCUAUAUUGUGAUUGAGCACACACUUGACACUUAAAUUCAGCACCUUGCCUGGCAAAUAACUUUAUAAGUUUUUUAUUUUCAAUACGAAAUGAUAAAACAAAUAUAAAUAAUUUAAAUCCAUUUAGUAUUUUUAAUAAAUAAAAAAAAAACACAAAGGUACUCAUUUUCAUAACUAAUCAUUUGAAAUCAGAUUAUUUUUUAAUAUCCCUACUUUUGAUUCUUUAAUUUUUGGUAAUACAAGAAUUAAAUACUUGAAUUAUUUUCCUAUUAUUUGGGUAAAAAAUGUUCCUAUGUAAUAGUCCUGAAUUUUCAGUUUUGAGAGUUUGUUAGGUGAACCUGGACGCAUGAAAACUUUACUAUAGUAUGUGCUACCACAAUUUUUUUACCACCCUAUUUUAUUAAUACCCAUCAACUAACUUUGUUUUAUUUCAAUUACUCACUCUAUUUCUAGUGUUUUUGUGUGUCAUUGUCCUAAUGUUUAAGCAAUUUUUAAAAAAAAUAUACAUUUAUAUAUCUCUUGGUGUUAAGUUGAAAUUUUGUGCUAAAAAUAUUAUUUUUUGAGUAUUAUACUUUUGACUCUGGAAACAUUACGCUUUUAAAUUUAUCUCUGUGACGUCUCCGAUCCUUAUGACAUCAGUUCUCAUUUAUCUCAUCUGUUUUGCAUUAUGUGUAAAUGUGUCACAUUAAAUUGUAAUCCAUGGAAACAUUUAUUGGAAAAAUGAAUAAGCUGAAGGUUCAUCCAACUAUGUUUUUUCAUGAGAUUUAAGGUACCUAAACUAAUAUUUAAAAAAAUUUAUUUUAAGUUUACAAAUGCCCCUUGAAAAUUUUGCUUUAAAUAUUCACAAUCUGUUCAAUAUAUUCCUAGGUAUUUGGAUCAUCUUUGAUCACAAACAGUUCUAAUGUAGGUUUAGCUUCCAGUACUAUGGAUGCUAGAACUACAAGGAAUAUAAUCAGAAUUCCAGCUUCAUCACUUGGCAAUGGCAUGUCACAAGGACAGGUUAGAAAUUUAUUUUAAAUUAGCUAAAUAUACUGUACUGAAACUUAUUACUUAAAUUAUACAGCUUUGGUGAAAGAAUGUGACUUAACAGUUUUCUGAGUUAUUUAAUUAAAAUGAAUUUAAUUAUAAUAAUUUUGUGUUUUACAGCAGCUAAUUAUUCAGCCUCAAAAUGGAAAUGGCACUCUUGGUCCUUCACAGGUCCUCAAAGUGACCACUCGUGGGGGCAAGCCAGUCAGUACAGAAGAUAUUACAAAAAUUGUCAGCUCCUUACCAAACCUGAGGAGUGGCUCUAGAAUAAUCGUUAACACCACCCCAGGUUCCUCUGGAGAAUCAAAGGUAUAAAGAUACAAAAAAUUUGCCCAUCAACCUUUUUAUAGUGUUGAUGACAACUAAUUUCAUGAUUCAUUAAAGUCUAUUGCAUUUGCACUGUCUUUUUACUAUAAAAUUUAUGUGGAAAUGUUUUUCAAGUUUACCCUAGUAAUUAUUAUAAUCUGCUUAUAGUGUAACAAAAUUAACUGUUCACAAGCUAUCAACACAAAACUGUAUCUAGCAUGAGUCAUAUGAUCAUUAAAAAUAAUAUAUUUAUUAUUUAAAUCCAUUUCUUUUCAGGCAACCAUUCAUGUUGUGACAAGACCUUCAUCUCCAUCCCUACAGCAUCAACCUAUUGUUUUUUCAGCUCAAAAUAUCCCCAAAAACUCUAACUCGCUCAUCAUGCCCAAUCCUAUUAUUAGUACCCUGAAAACGGCUCAAGGUAUUCAGGCUCCUGGUAUUUCCAGCUCUGGUCCAGUAACCAACACAAAGAUCUCAAAGCUUCCAUUCACACCUUCACAGAGGAAUAGUGUCAAUGUGAAAUUAGGCCAAAUGGGGACUCUUUCCAAUAUUCAAACACCAUUGAGUAACAUUCCAUCUAUGACAGAUAUGGGGGGCAAAGUGACAAAUUAUCAAACUAGUAUAAGCAUAACUCCUUUAAGGAUGUCCAUGUCAAGUAAGGAGCUCUCUAAAGCAUGGAAUGACAACUCAUUGAGAAGGGUUCACAGUGCCCAGGUAAUUCAUUUUAUUAUUUCUAAUAGGUUUAGAUCAGGGGUCGGAAAACCCUUGUAAAUCACGCCAGAUGGGGUAAAAAUGAAAACCUUGGGGGUAAUGAAGGCUAACCAGUAACUAAAAGUAUAUAAGACAAAUGUGUUACUUGUUACAGCAGAAAAUUUUAUUCUGUCAACACUACAUGUGGCCAGGAUAAAGGAGAAACUCGCCAACAUAUUGUGUUAGUUGUGGCUCUGCAGUUGGCUUUAAAUAGCUCAUUUACUUUUGACCCAGUCAUCUAUUGUUUUAUCUUAUGUUAAAAAAUUUAAUUUUUUUUAGUAAUUGUAUUUUAUAUAUAGAUUCACAUAAAUCAGUUUGAAUUUAAAUAUUCUAUGAUGUUCUCCCUUUCAAACUGAGUGGUUGCUUGGUUUAAACAAAAAUAAUUUGGGGUUAUGGCUAAAAAAAGUCUCAUGACCCUUGCUUUAAAUGGAUUGCAUGAAAAGCUGCACCUCUGACCAUUAAGUAUUGAAUUUUGGAGCAAAACACCCAUUGAUAUCUUUUUUCCUCUCUCUUUUUUUUUCUUAAUGUUGGGCAGCGAUUCUCAACUGUUCUUUUGCAGAACUUACAGAGAGGUCUGAGUCAGGUUCCGCAGGAUGAAGAGGAGAUAGAGGAAGAAGUUGAGGAAUUGGGGCAUGCUGAAACCUAUGCUGAAUAUAAACCCAGCAAGCGUACGUCAGUAAUUGUUGCUGUAGCUAUUAUGAAAUCAAGCUUGUUUUAUGGAUAUAGAAAAUGGCCUAAUAUAGAUAUCAAUAUAUUUCUUCUUGAAAUCAAUUUAUGGGGUUUUAGCCUCUGGUUGUUACUUAGGGGACAAUUAUCCAUGCUAUUUUACAUGCUUUAAAGAAAGCAACAAAUUCAGAUUUAAAAGUUGCAUAUUCUUUGGUAUUUAGCUUUUCAAAUAAAGAAAUAAACCACACUGAUAAGUUAUUGUAAGAGCUUAAUCACUUCCACAUUUAGGAUUAAUAUGUUUGAAAUAAGGCAAUACAAAAUUAUUUAUUUCAAAAUCUAAUGCUAAUGGCCUAGUGUUCAAAUCUUAGCUAUAUGUGAACAUCACUUCUCCAUCCCUCUGUCAGAUAAACUGGCUCACUAAAUACUAUUAAACAUGAUACAAGGCUAAAAUGUAAUCUGCCAGAAAAGCUGGAAUGAAUUCAGAUUUCAUUAAUGACCGGCAUAUUUUUCCCCUUUCUGUACAGUAAAUUUUGGAAAAAAGCACCCAGAUCCAGUGGUUGAGACCAGCUCUUUAUCAAGUGUUGAGCCUCCUGAUGUUAAAUACCAAUUACGGAUCUUGGAUGAGGGUGUUGAUGAGGAUGGGAAAUUGUCUGCUCUUCAGCUUGAAUCCAUAACAUAUGCUUGUCAGAAGCAUGAGACAAUUUUACCUGGCGGACAGCGAGCUGGCUAUCUUAUAGGUAAGGGUUCUUCACUAUUUUAGACUUGUUUACUCUUACGAUUUUGGCGUACAAUGUACGAUUUUGGGGUGUAUAGAUUGUAUAUACUGUAUGUUUAUUUUUUUACAAUAAAUAUAACGUAUUGAAAGAUUUUGUGAUGAUAUUGUACGAUUUUAAGAGUUUGAGGGUAAACAGGUCCGCUAUUUUUUUUUAUAUUGUCUCGGCCUCAGUGAUAUAAUAUGACCCUAAAAUUAUUAUAUCAGAUUUUUGUUCAUUUUUCUGAUUAAAUUCACAUUUUACAAGGUGAUGGUGCUGGUGUUGGUAAAGGCAGAACUAUUGCUGGAAUCAUCUAUGAAAAUUAUCUUAAAAGAAGGAAAAGAGCUCUAUGGUAAGUGGAUUAUCUUUGGUAAGUUGAUUAUUAAGAGAAUAUAAAAUGCUAAAAUAUUUCUUUUGCUUUGACAUUAUGUUCUGUUUCCUUUGCCAGGUUGAGUGUUUCUAAUGAUUUGAAAGUUGAUGCUGAAAGAGAUCUUCGUGAUAUUGGAGCUAAUCAUAUUGAGGUUUAUCCACUAAAUAAAGUAAGUUUAAUACUUGUCAUUUGGUUGAGGAAAGAUAUAAAUCUGAUUUGAACAAGCCUGCCUAAAUAUCCAUUACAAUACUGGAGCUAUUUCUAUUUGUCAUUAUUAAUGUGCUUUAUAAAGUAUUAAAAUAUGUCAUUGUAAACAAAUAUUAAUCCCCCAAAAAAUUAAAAUGUGUAUGAAUUUAGGUGUUAAAUACUUUGUUCACAGUUCAAAUACUAUGCCAAACUGUCUAGCAAAGAAAACAACAGCUGCAAAAAAGGUGUGGUCUUUGCCACUUACUCUUCUUUGAUUGGCGAGAGUCAAACAGAAGGAAAAUACAAUACAAGAAUGAAGCAAUUAUUGAAAUGGUUUGGGUCAAACUUUGAUGGUGUUGUAUCCUUUUUUUAAAAAAGAAAUAUCAAUGCUAACCUCAAACAUUAAAAUAAUAGUUGAAUUUGAUUGAAAAUUUUCUUUCAAAGCUGUUUCAUAUCAGUAUUAUAUAUUGUGAAUGUCUCAAUAUUUAAAGAAAGACAGACUACAGCUGAUAAUAAAGAGAGUUAGUUCUACAGGAAUCCAAAGAACAUUUAGCAAGGUCACUAGUAAUAGAAUUAAUAAUUAAUCAUGAUAAUAAUCACAAAUGUACAUACAGGUAUGUAUUCAACGCUGUGUUCAAUAGUUGCACAAAAUAAUAGUCACAGAAUUUAGUGCUAUUUGGGAUAUUUCUAAAGUGUGUUACUUGAAUGGAUGUUUUGUCAAGUAACUUAGAUGGGAAGUUCACGCAUGGCCGCCGCCAUUGGCAUGCUAUUUCUAGUAAUGUAUAGUUAUUAGAUUGGUUUAAGUGGCUUUUUUUCUCCAAAAGUGAAAGAACAUGUUAAACCUUAAAUCACAUAAUAGAUUGUUUUUGAUGAGUGUCAUAAAGCAAAGAACCUCUGUCCAACUGGUUCAAGCAAACCCACGAAAACAGGUCAGACAGUUUUGGAGCUGCAAAACCGUUUGCCGCUGGCCAGAGUAAUUUAUGCAUCUGCUACAGGAGCAUCAGAGCCCAGGAAUAUGGCUUACAUGACGCGUCUUGGCCUUUGGGGAAAAGGUACCCCAUUCAAUGAAUUCAAUGACUUUAUCCAAGCUGUUGAAAGGCGGUAGGUUGACCUAUAAUCAUUUUGUAUUUUUAACUAUCAUUUUCUUAGUAUUAUUUAACACAGUAUUUACUCCAUGCUAAAAUCUCAGAUUGUACAUUUGUUAUACCAGACCUUAAAGAUAUUGUUUGAAAAUUCAGGACUUAACAAAUACAAUUCAUAUCAAUAUUGAGGCAUCAUCUUAUCCCUCAAUAUGUUUGUGAAUGUAAAUUUAAAUAGAAUAUUAACUGAUUAUUUUGAAAUUAGUUAUAUGAUCAGUUAACUCUCAAAAGACUGUAGAUUUUUCCAUUUUUAAUGACCUUGAAUAUAUCUUAUUCUUCAAAGUGUCUCAUGACUGUAAUUUUGUAGCUACCUCCAAGUAUUAUAUAUGAUUUUAAAGGUAAUUGAAUGGUCUUUAAUUGAUACUUGGUGUUUGUACAAAAUAUCCUUGCUAAAUUUGAUGUUUUAUUAUUUUUGGGCAAAAAAAAUAUUUUUUUAAGUCGACAAAAUAUAACAUCACAGUUUUAAAAAGAAGGGGAAAAAAAAGUGUUUCCAAUUAAAUCAAUAAAAUUGAUAUUUUAUUAGAAUCUGUUCAAUACUAUAAAACAUAUUCAAAUUUCAAAAGAAUAGACUCAUAAAUAAAAAAGUUAUGACUAUUUGUAAAUAACAUAUCAUUCAAGGAAAUAUUUCUCAAAAAGUCAAAAUUAUUUUUUUUUUUAAAUAAUAAUUUUUUUUUUCAAAGGAAAACAUAUACUGCAUCAUAUUAUCCUUUAGAGGGUUAUUAGUAAGUAUUAUUUGAGAAGAAAAGUGAAGAAAAAAAGGCAAAUUUUAAUAAAUAAAUUUUUUUAUGCAUCCCCGAGAUACCGAUCAAAGGAUAUAAUCCUUCGCCAAGACCAUGCAUAAAAAUUCUUGAAAACAAUUUCUUUAUUUAUUAAAACAUACAAAUGUAUCAAAAAGAAAGCCUGAGACAUAUGCUCUGACCAUUUUACCCUGUUUUGGUAACCCACAAUUACAUUUUUUGUUAUUGUCAAUCAUUGUCAUGUUGCGGCGCACGAUGUAAAGAUUUCGGGCUUUACAGUAUCAGGUUCAUCAUCAAAUAUGUCAAUUGUUCCCUAAAUUGUUCAUUAAUUGCUACAUUUUCUUGAUGCUGAUACAGUUGAUUGUAUUUUGCAUUGAGAUACAGAAGUGUCUCCCAAUUUUGCACAGCAUGUUUCCUUUAUUUUCAGUAUCAGAAACUUUUAGGAAACUCAAUAUAGCCUUGAAUAUGUCCUUAGUACUAAUGGCCUUGCUCAUUGUCCAUCAUAAAAGGAUUUCCUGGACAUUUCUUGUAAAAUUAAGAGCUUGAUAAGUCCUGCAUUCAUAAUAAAUCCACUUAGUAGAUAAAACUCCCCUUCAAUGAUGUUAUAAUGGUACCAAUUUUUGAAAACACAAAAGUUCUGCGGUCCAUUGUCCUGCGCACAAGGCUUACUAAUAACCAACCAAAUCUGUAGUAAAGUAGAGGUUGAAAAUGUCAAUUUGCUUUUAAAAUCUCCUUAUAUCCUCUCUUGUUAUAACAUCAGGAAGCAAUAGUCAAUAGUCCUUUUCACCUCUGGUCUAAAUGCAGCAAAGAGUCCCACAGUCUUUUGUCAUCAUAACCCAUUGUAUUGACUAUGUUUGACAUCUGCCCUUCAUAGCAUAGAUGCUGUCAAAAUAUAAAAAAAAAAUAGUUUAGCUAAAAUAAAAAAAAUUACAAUAUAAAUAAAAAGAAUUCAAAAUAUUAAACAAUCUGCCUAAAUUACUUUUACUUCAAGUUUUCAUUGAAAAGGGAACUCAGCUGAUUGUUACAGUGUGAUAAUAGCCUUGGCCUUGAGAACCAUUGUUUACAUUUUGCUAACUGAAACGUAAUAAUAUUAAAAUAAUUAUUGUAUAACUACAAAUUAGUUUCAAACAAAUAAAUAAUUUAAUCUCAUUAUUUUUUGUGAACAUGCUUAGUUUGAAAAUUUCGUUUAGCAUUACUAACUUAUAGGUGGCUAAAAAUCUGGCAUAGGGUAAAAAAACAACAACAAACAAAUGGGGGCUGUGUCACUUUGGUUGGGGGAUGUUUAAAGACUCUUUAGAAGCAAAAUGAAAAGAAAAGAUGCGAUUUAUAAUCCAGAAUUAGUUAACUAUAACUGCCUGGAUUUAAUUAUUAAAGAAUACACGUAAGUUUACAUGACAAAAAAUUUUUAAGAUACGAAAUGCGCUAAGAAAUAAUAUACGCAACAGAACUGCACUUUUACCAAAUUAUUAAAGAAUACACGUAAGCGUAAGUUUACAUGAUAAAACAAUUUUUAAAAUACGAAAUGCGCUAAUAAAUAAUAUACGCACCUGAACUGCACUUUUACCCCAAAUUUAAUCUUACAAACCCUACAAUAAUAUUUUGAAAAUAUUUUUUAAUAAACCCAACCUCUCACUCUUGAAACCCGGUUCCAAAUAGCUGCAGCUAUAUGCCAUAUCUUAUAGUUAUAGUCAAUACACAGUACAGUAUUGAAUAUUAUUGAGUCAGUACUACCCAUCUGACAGUGACAGUAGUAGUAAUGACAGUGACAGAUAAUAUAAUCUUUUGUCAUUUCAUUAGUCAUUAUUAUUAAAAAUUGUCAUUGGACUUGCCAAUCACAAUCAGUCAUUUAGAUUUAAUAAUUGUCAGAUGCCUCCAUCAGUCCAUCAUAUUAAUGAAAACUAUAAAUUGUAUUAAUGAAUCCUUAUCAAAAUUAAGUCAAGUGCUGUCUAAGUUUAGGGCCUUUAAAUUAUUAUAACUAUAGUUAUUUUAUUUAUUUACCCUGCCCAAUACUAAGGGGCCAUCCAUAAUCAUAAAUGACAUCACAUAAACAUAGCAAUGUUUUAGAGUGUAGUAACAGCGAACCGGAAUUGUGGCAAAAUAUGAGUAAAUGGCGAAAAGGAAAAUUUAUGAAUGGACAAGUUGCUACCAGAUUUCUUCAAGAACUAGUAAAAUAAACGAUUUUUCUUUCUUGCCAAAUAGAAAUUUAACAUUCCAAAAUAGUAAAUCUUUAUUUUCGCCUUUUAAUAUUAUUUUUAUAUAUAUUUUAGGGGUCGUUCUUUUCACCCGCCAUAUAUGACAGAUUUUUCAAUCUCCCGUCUUUUGAGAGUUAAGGCCUUAAUGUAAGAUGAAUAUAAUCUAGAUUCUUAAUUUUUUCAGAGGUGUCGGGGCUAUGGAAUUAGUCGCUAUGGAUGCAAAAUUAAGAGGAAUGUAUAUAGCUCGCCAGCUAAGUUUCCAUGGUGUUACUUUUAGAAUUGAUGAAAUACCUUUGGAGAAAGACUUCAUCAAAGUAUAUAACUUGGCUGUGGAAAUGGUAUGAUAUUUUUUUAUCGUUGUUGUGUUUAACAAGUAUAGUUUAGAUAUAUUCAGUUUCAGAUAAUAAAAUAAUCGUUUCAUGUGCUAUUACUAUGUUCAGAUUUAUUAAUGUGACUUUAAAAAGUAACCUACAUUUUUUCAUCCAUGCAAUAAUAUGUAUUUCAGUGGGUUGAAGCUCGGGAGAUGUUCCAGAAGGCAGCAGAAUUAAUAGAAGCAGAACACCGUAUGAAGAAAAGCAUGUGGGGACAAUUUUGGUCUGCUCAUCAGAGGUUUUUCAAAUAUUUAUGCAUAUCAUCUAAAGUCAACCAUUGUGUUGAUCUUGCCAGAGAUGCUGUGAAGUGUGGAAAGGUACAAAUAUUUUUUAUAUUGCAAUAAGUUUAUGCCCUAAUUCAAUAUUUUUCUUCUGUAGAUAAAAGUUUUGCCUCAUGCUUGUUUGUGUAUGUUUUCAGUGUGUUGUGAUAGGUCUCCAAUCUACCGGUGAAGCAAGAACAAUGGAGCAGGUUGAAGAUGCAGGCGGUGAUCUUUCAGACUUUGUGUCCACUGCCAAGUAAGUUUGUACAAAACAAUCAUUCCGUCGCUACUGUCUUUUGAUGGUAACAUAUCUCUAUGAGCAUUUCCUACUUUAAAAUUUUUGCAUAGUAAUUAUUGGAAAAUCAGUGACAUCACAUUACCAUCAGUUUUUUUAUUAGUUUUAUAAAGCACCUGAAUAAUCUGCUAAAAUGGGGCUUUCACAGAGAACUUUGAAUGAGGUUUUUAGGAAUUUUAAGUUCUGCUGACAAAAAAAUUUGUUGAGGAAGUAAUGCAUUAAAAAAGUUUUGAUUUUCCAACAGGGGAGUGUUUCAGUCACUAGUUGAAAGACAUUUCCCUGCAUCAACUAGAGGAAGGGCAAUGGAUAUUAUCAAGCAAGUAAGCAACAGUCACAAGCAGAAGCAAAGAGACUCUCCAAACUUAUGGAAGAAAAACAAAGGUUAGCAGUUGCGCUUUUUAAUAAGUGAAAUUCAUUUUUGCUUUAUACAUUUUUAAAAAAAAGUUGCAUUUUUAUUAAUUUAAGAAUAUAAAAUGUCCCCCUUUUCUUCUUGUUUCUAUCUAGAUGAGCCUCCAAAUAAACGACAGAAAAGGGGUGAUGACAGCAGUGAUCCUGAGAGCAAUGAUUCCUCACCAGACAUUAGUGACAUUGAUUUUAUGUCAUCAUCUGCCAGUGAUUCUGAGAGUGACGGGGAGGAGCGCAACCCCUUUGCUAAUGGCUGGAACAGUGAUGAUGGUAAUUUGCUUUCUAAACCAUUUUUAAAAAUUGAAGUAGUUCUAAAAUAAAAUGUAUUAAUUUUGCCGUUUACAGUUUUAAAUUUGUAACAUAUUGUAUCGCUCUCUUAAAUUCUUUUAUGUUCUAAAAUUUAUUAAUUAUAUUUUUUUUAAAAAGUUUUCCUUUGUUCAGGUGUUAAAAUAAAAAUGCCAUUUUAAUUUAGAUGAUCCCUGGUGCCAGAGAAAGAAAAAGAAAAAAGAAAGUCCUAAAAAGAAGAAAAAGGAAAAGAAAAAAAAGAAAGACAAAGACUCUAAAAAGAAAGACAGUGAUGAUGAAGAUGCUCAGUUUGACAAAGCAUUGGCUAAAGCUGGCCUUUUAAACAAGAGUUCUGCAAAUGGUCUAGAUGGCCGUAAGUCUUUAAAAAAAAAUUUAAAUAAGCUUUGAGAUCACUUUAUCCAUGUUAAUAUUAUUGUGUUUUUUACCUCUAAAGACUUAGUAUCAGUAUCCUGUAAAUUUACUUGUAAAUGCGGUUCUCACUGGUGUUUUGAUACUUAGUUUAAAAUUAGCCGGAGAGAAAUCCUUCAUGGAAUUUUGUUAACAUUGCAGACUCUGGAAAUUGGGAGAAAGCAAGUGCAAUGAAGUCAGAGCUAUUGGCGCGCAUUGAAUAUCUAGGGGAGAAACUUCCACCCAACACUUUAGACCAGCUGAUAGAUGAUUUGGGGGGGACUGAGAAUGUGGCAGAGGUAUGUCUUGAUUUAUCCCUCAUUUUGUAUUAUAAGGUUGCAAUUAAUGUUCAUUAACAUUUGCUAAUUACAUUAAUCCAAGCCUUAUUAACUCAUUCCCGACGUUUGCGACUAAAUGGGUUUCGCCAGAUGCGUCCCGGCGCAUAGCGACACACCUCUCUCAUAUCUAUUUAAAAAUAGCAAUGAAAUCUAGCAUCCCUCGAGACUUCUGGCAAUGGCGUGGUUCAGCGGGAUUUUAAAUUAAAAACCGGAAGUUUUUAUCUUGUUUCACUUUAAAACUACGUGUGCUUUAAUACGGCGCGUCGUAAUGUAGCAUGUGUUCGUCUGAGGUGCCGAAAAUCGAUUUUUUGGUCAUUGUUCGUUAUUUUUUCCCCACUAAUGUUAUAUUUAUAUUAAACCUUAUUCAUUUUUUGUUGCAUUUGUUCUUAAUUCAUUGACAUUAAAUAAUAUUUAGUAGCUUAAAUAAAUAUUUAAAAAAGGUAAACAAUUUCAAAACGGGGUUACUUCCCUUUCUCAGGCAAAUAAAUUAAAUACGGAAGUAGCAUUGCUGGAGGGAAUGAGUUAACUACAAGUGAAAAUAGGAACUUCCUUAAAUUUUAAUUUUUUUUUUUUGUAAAUACAAUAAAUUGAUCACAAAACUAUGAAUUGUUCCUUCAAUAUUUAUUCAUUAAAAAAAAAAACUUUAAUCUUUAUUUUUAACUCAGUCUUCAUCAUUUGUGAAUUUAGAUGACAGGUCGCAAGUCUCGUGUUGUGUCUACAACUGAUGGAGUACAAUAUGAGUCUAGAUCUGAAGCUGACGUCUCACUUGAGAUAUUGAAUCUAACUGAAAAACAAAGAUUCAUGGAUGGAGAAAAGGUAUUCUUGGAUUACAAAUUACAAAAUAUGUUGUUGUUUUUUUGACAUUGUAUAGCAGUAAAUGGUAUUUUCUCCACUAGAAGCAACAAAAUCAGAUUUAAAAUAAACAUCAAAGGACAAAAAAGUCAAAGAACUAUUGUUAAAAUUUCAGUUUAUAGCCAUCAUCUCUGAAGCAGCCAGCUCGGGUAUUUCACUGCAAGCAGACAGACGAGCUAUUAACCAAAGAAGGAGAGUACACAUAACUCUAGAGUUGCCAUGGAGCGCCGACAGGGCCAUUCAGCAGUUUGGUAAGAAAGACAAAGAUGUAAAUACUAUUUUCUCUUUCUUGAUAAACAAUUGUAAUAUACUUCCUUCUGCUAUUAAUCCUUUCAUUACACCUGGACUAGAUAUCAAUUUUUGCUGACUCAGCAAUUAAAAAACUUGAACGAAACUUUCGAUAUUUUUCAUUCUCUAUCCGAUUCGCUUAUUAACGUCUCUAUACAUUAACGAAUAAAGAAAUAUAUUCCAUUGAAAUAUGACGUCGACGUGGCGUCCUUGGUAUUUCAGAAAAGCUCUUUACCUCUUUGUCAUGACGACAAUGUGGCGUCUUUGGUAAUUGAAAGUGGGUGAUGGUGACGUCUCGUCGACAUCAUCGGUAACGAAAGGGUUAACAGGGGGCUGAAGUAUAAAGUGCAAACUGUCUAGAACUGUUAAGUAGUUCCAAUUCUGCCAUGGGCAUUGAUUGACAGACCUCUUUAUUAUUCUCACCUGUUAGACAAUGAUUAGUGACAUGAUGUUGAUUAUCAGUCUUUGAGGAAAGUGUUGUAUGGAGCUAAUCCAUAUAAAUUUAUUGUAUUUAUUUAUACUGUACAUUCUUUGUACAUCAGGAAAAUAGCUUAGUGUUUCAAAACAAGUUUCAGCUACCAGAAAAUUUAACUCUAAAAAAUUCAACAAAAUAAUUCAUGAGCUUAUUAGUCAAAAUUUAUUGUGAGACCUCAUUGGAGAAUAACGGCAGCAAUUCUAAUUUGGUAGGUUAUGUAAUGACGAAAUUCACACAGUUUUUUUAAUCUUAUUUAUUUUGAACAUACCAGGUCGUACACAUCGGUCAAACCAAGUUAGUGCUCCAGAGUAUGUUUUUCUUAUAUCUGAGUUGGCUGGAGAAAGGAGAUUUGCUUCUACUGUUGCAAAGAGAUUGGAAAGUUUGGUAAGUCUCAUGCUUUUAACUUAAGUCAGUUCAGAGAUGAGUUAAGCAAGAAAUAACAAACUUGAUUAUUGGUAAUUGGUUUUUUAACUAUGGAUUUAUCAGGGAUGAUCAUUUUUAUAAAGCAGUUAGUUCAUGUCUUCUUAGCCUGGAUCACUGUGUUUACUUCUCUUCACUGUGAAAUGAGAUAAUUAUUAAUUUUAUUAUAUAUCUUACUAUAUAUCUUACUAUAUAUCCUUAUUGGUUAUUUUUCAAUAAAUAUUUCACUGUCCUUCUAGGGUGCUUUAACGCAUGGUGACAGGCGAGCCACAGAAACAAGAGAUCUAAGUAGAUUUAACAUUGACAAUAAAGUAAGAUUUCUAAACCUAUAAUUUGUAACAUUCGUUUGUGAUAUAUUCUUGAAUAAUGUGAUAAAUUAAACUUUUUAUCAUUCUUAUUCAAGAAAUAUAAAAAAAUUGUAUUUUAAAAGUUUGAGACAUUUAAAAAAAAUUAAUUUAAAUAGGUCACUGCUUCAAUUGAGAAUUUUUUUCCCACAAUUACUAAUAGUAUGGGCGCAUGGCUCUUGAAGCUGUGAUGAAAUCUGUUCUUGAUAUGCAGUCUGAUGCACAAGCUGUCCCUCCACCUAAGACUUAUCAGGGAGACUUUUUUAAAGGUUAGCAAUUUUAUUUCUUAUUUUGCAAUUAUCAUGUUGGUUUUAAUUGGAAAAAUAAAUGCUUACAUGCCCUUGUCUUCAAAAGUUAUACUUAUAAAUUAAUUUUUUUCUUCAAAGAUUAAGUUCUGUAUAUUGUUUUUAAUAUGCCUUUUUUAAAAAUAUUUGACUGUGUACCAGGGCAAUAUUUGGCAUAUUCAGAAAUCAUUUGUAUUAUAAUUAGAUAUUUUUUUAUAUGUCACGCAAAACUUUCCUUUUUGGUCUAAAUAAUAAGAUUCUCUUAUUUAAUCUUUUAUAAAUGCAACUUAGAUUAAAGAACGUUUUAUCACUCUUAUUUACAUUACAUUCAAUGUUAUUAGUUCCUUGCCACUAUUGAAUUCUAUUUAACAUCUUGAAUUUACCUCGAAUAAUGGGUAGAUGGUGUUAGUUUAAAAAAAAUUUUUUAAAUGAAAAUCUAAUCUGUGAUAAGAUAAACACUGGUUAACCCUUUACGGGGCAGAGGUACUUCCUCUUGCAUGUCCUGAGCGGGCACCACUUUUCCGUUUUUUAGUAAAAUUUAGGGUUUUAUCUAAGGUUUUAGUCAACAAAUUUGUGUGAAAUAAAAAGCAAAAUAAAGGAAAAUGAAUGCAGAUUUAUAAUUGUACUCACAUGUUGCCAUUAAUCCUUAUAUGAACACAAAUAUUUGCAAAAACAACAUAUUGUUUGUGAUUGUGAGUCAUCUAUUUACUAUUUACAAACACUGCCACAAAAUCGAAGUUUGUAAAAUUCAACACUGCUUACAACGCUGAUUUCACUAAUAUUACUAAUAAUAUAAACAUCUAGUUCCAAUUUACAGUCAAUUCGUGCACUUAAAUGUCACUUUAAUUGAAUCCAGCAAAAUCUCCGCUAUCUCUUGAAUAAUCGGCAAAUAAUCUGCAAUAUCCAUUUUGAAAAAAAAAAAAUUUAAACCACUAAAACUAAAAAAAAAAAUCUAUUAAAUACUUGUAACUGGCGCCUACUCUAUUUAGCUAUCGGAAAAACCGGAUGUAAACAAUAGGAAGUCUCGCAAAGCCUCGGAGCUGACGAGAAAACAACACUAACACUAAGUCGUCACGGACGCUUUUGGGCGUUUUGCCCUUUAAGUGGUAAAGAUGUUUUCGGCCGCUCUGCCCCGUAAAGGGUUAAACCCUGUUCUGGCCAGAUCAAUGAUGAAAUCCUGCCAUAGAAGAUCAUUACAAUGUGAUCAGAUGUUGGAUUGACAAUGAUAGGACUGAGAAAUGGCACAUUACUUUUGCAUUUGAGUAAUAUUUAACACUGCACUAUAUUAUAGCAGAAUCAACCUCUCAAAGUAUUGUCCUUUUAAAAUUAUUACACCCACCUUACUGAAGAAAAAGGCAAUCAGCAAUAAUUUGCAAUUUGUUUAAUUAUAUAUAUAUAUAUAUAUAUAUAUUAUAUAUAUAUAUUAUAUAUAUAUAAAAAUUAUAUUGUAUAUAAUUAUAUAUAAAUAUGUAUUAUAUAUAUAAAUUUGAGAAUAAACCAGAUAUUCUGAAGGAUCCAUUAAAUCUAAAGUUAAUUUUUUUGUAAAAAUAUAUAUAUCACUUAAUGUUAGUACAGUUAGCUUUAAAAAACUACUAAAUGAAACUGAUCAAUAAAAAAAAUUAGAAAACGUCAAGAAAUUUAGAACAUUUUCUAUAAUUUGUAUAAGGUUUUAAGUAGUUAAGUUAAGUUGUGUUAACAUCAAUAUAUUUGGUGAAGUUAACAUACUUCAAUUUGGUAAACCAUUUAUCAGUUUCAUUUGGCUUUAUAUAAAUUUGGAACUUUCAUCACAGAAAUAGGGGCCUGUAACUCCGUUAUUUUAACUAUUUAAUCAUGUUAGUUUUUUUUUAAAUUUUAAAUUCAAACACAAGCCAGAUCUGUGAUGAAAUCCUGCCAUAGAAGAUCAUAACAUAAUUAUGUGAUCAUAUGUUAGAUUGACAAUGAUAGGACUGAGAAGUGGCUUUUAUAAAAUAAACUUAUUAAAAAUAUUCAUAACUUGCAAUAUAUUGUGACAUUGAAAGUUUGUUUUACUCUUCAGUUGAUUUUUUGCCGCUACCUAAUUUCAUUAUUUCCAUUAUUUAAGCUUUGGCAGCUAAGUAUGAACUCAUUAAAUUUGGUGAAAACUUGGACAUUUUCAAAUACUUUUGAUCCAUGCAAGAGUUUUUAUUUAAUCAAACGUUUGAUUUAAACAAUGCUAAGGAAAAGAUAGUUCUCUACAAAAAUAUAAGUGUGAUCUUAGAAUUUGUUGGCUUGAUCAUCUGAAAUGCAUAUUGUAACCAUGCCAAAAGUGUGAGCUACAUGUAACAUGUUUUUAAAAAAAUUGUGCAUGUUCAUUUUGUAAUAAGCUACUUGAAAAUUAUGAGUGAAUGACCAGAUAGCAGCCAGAUCAGUGAUGAAAUCUUGCCAUAGAUGAUCAUAACUAUGUGAUCAGAUGUUGGAAUGACAAUGAUAGGACUGAGAACUGGCUAUGUAGAAUAAUGUGAAACUUAACAACUAAAAAGAUAUUAUAUACUAAUUUUUAUUUAUUUUUUAUUUUGCUUCCCUUUAAAUAAAUGUCCUUAGCCUAUUGUCUUUAUUUCAAGUAUAAUAGGUUUUUUUUUUUCAAACUGAAAUCUGCAAAUUUUUUUGAGGAUUCACAGAUACAAAAAUUACAUUAAUUCAAAUCAUUUGCUUCAAAGCCCUUAAUCUAAUAACUUUAAAAAAAAUUGAUACAAAAUGCUAUAAAAAUGGACUGUGAGACAUUUAAAUUAAAGCUUUAAAGAACACUAUACUGUUUAUUAGCACCUCAGUCUGAAUACAUGCCAAUGUCUUUAGUUUGUUCUUUUUUUUUUUUUUACCCUCUUUAAUAAAAGGAUCAACAUGUUCAAGAAUCACUUUUCAAUAACCAAAGAAAAAUAUAAGCACAUAUAAUAAAACAAUUUUUUUUUUUUCAAGUUUAUAUUCACAAGCUUUUAACUCCACUGAAAGAGCACAGUAAAAGCCAUAUCAGUGAUGAAAUCCUGCCAUAGAAGAUCAUAACUUUGAUUGUAUGUUGGAAUGACAAUGAUAGGACUGAGAAAUGGCUUUUUAGAAAAUAACCAUGUUAAAAUUAUUCAUAAGAUUACGAUAUUUUGUGAUAGUGUUAUAACUAUCACUGUAUUGCUCUUGAGUUAAUUUUUUUAACCAUGACCUCAUUUUUUAAAAAAAACAUUUCACAGUUUAAGAUGUGGAAGCUAAUUAUGAAUUCUGCUUAUUGAAUUUUAAAAAAAUGAAAUUUUGAAAUACUUUUGGUCCAAACCAAAGUUUAUUAAAUCAAUUUUUUAAGUGUGCUAAAAAAUAAUAUGGAACAUAGCAACCAUAUCACAUAAAUGAUUCCCUUGAUCCCUAUCUAAUGGAAAACCAAUGAAUUGUAGACAGCAGCCAGAUCAGUGAUGAAAUCCUGCCGUAGAUGAUCAUAAUUAUGUGAUCAAAUGUUGGAAUGUCAAUGAUAGGACUGAGAGAUGGCCGCUUACCAUUGUUUGUUUUGUAAUAGUGUAGUUGAGCAUUUAUAACAACUAAUGUCUGCAUUGCUAUUUUGAGGGGGGUUAAAAAAAAACAAUGCUUGUCAUAAAUCUAAUUAUUAUUGGCUCGGAAAGAAAUCAUUUGAUAAUCAACAAAAUGUGGAUCCAAAUACUAAAUAUUGACAGGGACUGUUUAAUUAGAUUUAGAACCCCUGGUAUUGUUACUAUGCCCCUUGGUAUAAAUACGUUUUAGUUUAUUUUCACCCUUGCAAGAAAAACUAUUGAAUGAGAUUUGUUAAGGCCAAGAACCACUUUCCUGCAAAGGAAGUAUUACUUUUAUUAGCAUAGAUACAGUUCAAUAGUACCCUAUAGUUAAGCCACAGAUGGAUCUGGCAUAGUUUACAUAAGAUAUUUAAAUCGGGAAAAUGUAUCUAAAGAAAUUAAAAAUCCGCCUGUUUUUCUGUUUUAUUUGAAGUUGAACAAUCACUUUGUUUUGAAAAUGUAAUAACAGGUGUAAUAAUUUAAUUCAUGAAAUCGUAAGUCAGGGUGUUGCAGUAUGUUUUCAUAUUUCUUAACACACAGCAAGAAAUAAAUACUGCUUUUAACCCCAGGGCACUGCAAGCCUGACCAGUGAUGAAAUCCUGCCAUAGAUCAUAAUUAUGUGAUCAUAUGUUGGAAUUUCAAUGAUAGAACUGAGAUUAGGCUCUAAUUAAAACAAUACAUUCAACAUGUUUGGCAUUAAUUUGUAACAUUUUGAUUCUUAUUCUUCUAAGGUUGUUGGUUUUUUUAAUCAGUGGCCCUCUUUAAUUAACUUCACAAUUUAAGUUGUUGCAUUCGCGUAUGAAUAUACAAAUAAUUUAUAAGAAAGUGAAAUUUUGAAAUAGAUUUUAUCAAAUCAAGAGUUUAUAUUUAUGUUUGUAUAAUUUACAACAAGACAGCCGCUUGAAAUAGGAUGGUUCAGUUUAUAAUUUUGAAUGAAAGCUGGUUGAAGUAUGAAUCACACAAAACCAUUUUUGUUAAAUUAUUCAUGUUCAUUAAUUCUUGACUUAAAUUAAACAUGAAUGGCUGAAUAGAAGCCAUAUCAGUGAUGAAAUCCUGCCAUAGAUGAUCAUAAUUAUGUUAUCAAAUGUUGGAAUGUCAAUGAUAGGACUGAGAAAUGGCUUUUUUAAAAGAAUGUUUAUGAAAAAUUUAUAUCAUAAUUUAUUUUAUUAUUUCAUAAUGUUUUAAUAUGCUAAAAUUUAUUAGAGUUCUAUGUAAAUAAGUGGUUUUCAAACUUUUUCUGGCCACUGCCCCCUUGAGGCAAUAAUCUCACCUUCAGCGACUCCUGACCCUCUAUAGUAAAUUAUUACAUAAUUAAAUAUUAAGGUAUUUAUGUAUUUGAACCUUUAAGCAAAAUACAAAUGUACUUUAUACUUUUAAAAUUAUAUAGUCAGUAACAAGUUAUUAUUGGAGUGAUGGGGAUAGCUAAAAUGUGGAGGGAUAGUUGGAGUGACUGGGGUUGUAGGAGUCACUGGGGGUAGUUGGAGUGACUGGGGUUGUAGGAGUCACUGGGGGUAGUUGGAGUGUGAAGGAUAGUAAGAGAGACAUAUUUGGCUUUAAAAAGAUUGAUCUCAUUUACCUGCAAGUGCUUAAUUCAUAUUAAGCAAAUGUUAGCGAUGUUUUGUCUGAUGGCUUUGGACUUGGAGUCGGCACCAACAAAAGCAAUAAUGCCAAUGAGUGUUAAACUAAAGCAGCAAAAUCUGCAUCCUUCUCAUCACAGAGCAUCAGAAAUAGCUAAUCAUUGAAUUCACCUCAACAGUGACCGCCACAGAGUUUGUUUCUCAGCAAUCAGUUGUUGGCAAUUAAGGCCACACAAAAUAAAAAACACAACCAAUGGUUUCAGCCAGUCACUGAUGGUGCUACAUCAAUUGCAAUAGUGUGCUAUUUAUUGAAAUUUUUCACUUCAUGGAAAAGUCCCUUCAAUGCUCAAAAUUUUGACAAUCUUUUUUUUUCCCAAAUAAGUUUUUCUUUUCUUUUCUUUUCUGGUUCCAAACUUUUAGAUGCUAAAAAACUUAUAUUAGCAAUAAGCAUUGUCUGGAAAUUCAAUUCAUUCAGUUGUUUGGAAAGCUCUGUUGAUUUUGGUUUUCUGUAAAAACUAAUCUUUCAUAUUCUCAGAUUUGUGUCUAUGAAAUUAGAUGAUUAGUAAUAGUUUGUAAGAUGAGCUCUUGGCUUGUGACUUUCAUGAUUUAGCAAUCAACAGUGCAAUUUUUUUUAUCAAACAAUGCAUGCAAGCAACUGUGUUUGGAAGCUUUGAAAACAUACUUGAAAUUUUUUUAUUUUUUUUUAAAGGCAACAGUUAACACUAUUAAGUGUUGUCAGAUCAUAAUGCAAAGCUUAGUAACAUGUUUUGGUGUUACUCACUCAUAAAUGUACUGUAGGUUAGAUCAAAGUUUUUUCUCUUUGUUUUGUGUGAAAUAAAACUUAAUUGAAUGUCCAUCCUCGACUCUUAUUAAAGGGGGUAACAAUAAAAAAAAAAACACUAGUUUUUUUUUACAAUGUUUUUUUACAAAUAUACGAUUUAAAUUUUUAAAAAUCAAUUUUCUUAUGUAAUUAACCAAGACAACCCCCCCCCCCCCCCCCCCCCCCCCGUGCUCCCAAAAAUUGCUUAUGCCUUCACUCCACCCACACCCCCGGGCUACCCCACCACUCCGCCCACUUUGAGAACCACCAAUGUUAAUUACCAAUUACCAGAGUCUGUUCACAUGGCUGAGAACAAUUUUUAAAAUAAUUUCAAUCAAGUCCUGAGUUUACAUUGACGUGAUAAUACUUAUUUUUGCAAUACAUGCCCAUGGUGAAAUAUACUGACAUGAGACCUCCUAGAGUCCAUUAAGCUAUGAAAAUAGUGGCAACCCAUUUUGUUACAUUUUGUGUAAGUGAAGGAAUGAAACAUUUAAGCUUUCACCUGCACUCUCUCAUGAAGUAUUGAUACAAUAUUUAUUUUUGUGGCUACUGCUAUUUUAUUAAUGGAUGAGCCUAAAACAAGCCAUAACAAUGAUGAAAUCCUGCCAUAGAUGAUCAUUACUACUUGAUCAAAUGUUGGAUUGUCAAUGAUAGGACUGAGUGCUGGCUUUUUUUGCAAGAAUGGCAGUCACCUGAAAUUUAUUCUUUUAUUGGCAAUAAACUCAAUUAUCAUAAUUCUAUGACCAUAACUCUUUGAAAGUAUUGUUGCUAGGUAUUGUUGCAUCCUCAGAUGUUAAAGAAGCACUCAUAGGUGUCGGCAUGAUCACUGUUGACGAGAAAACAGGCAUGGCCGUCUUGGAGAAAGGUAUGAAAUCUUUGAAAUUGAAAAUUAAAAUUGUCUUUAUGCAAGACACAGAAAAAAAAUGUAGUUUUAUGGAGAGAUUUAAAUUUAAAAAAAAAAAAAAGAACUUACAAAAAAAAACACUGAUUUAAAUUAUAUAAUGUUGACGAGAAAACAGGCAUGGCCGUAUUGGAGAAAAGUAUGAAAUCUUUGAAAUUGAAAAUUAAAAUUGUCUUUAUGCAAGACACAGAAAAAAAAUGUAGUUUUAUGGAGAGAUUUAAAUUUAAAAAAAAAAAAAAAGUCCUUACAAAAAAAGUCACUGUUUUAAAUUAUAUAUUAUAACAUUUAAUCCAUUAAAAGCUAAUUAAGAAAACUUUUCACAGUAGGCAAUUUGUACGCAGUAAAAUAUUUUUUUAACUUUGUCAUCUGUUUCUCAAGACUUCAACAACAUAUCCAAAUUCCUCAACCGUAUCCUUGGGAUGAAAGUAGCUGUACAAAAUUCGCUGUUCAAGUACUUCACAGAUACUCUUACAGCUAUUAUAUUAGAGGCCAAACGCAAUGGUCGCUGGGAUAUGGGCAUCAUGGGUAAGAAAUUAGUGUACGCCUUAAACAAGUUGUGUUUAAUGAAAUGUUUAAAAAUUAAAACCGUAUCAUCUCGGGAAGUUUCAUCUACUAUUUUUAGCCACUUUGUUUCUUAUAGUGAUGACAGCAUGGGAUUAUUUUUGAUUUUCAGAUUUGGGAUCUGGCAAUGAGAAAGUUAGAAAAAUUGAGACCAAAGUAUUUGUAGGGAACACAGAGACCAAUACGGCAAAGACUGAGCUGACAAAGUUUGCUGUGGAGAGAGGGAUGCCAUGGCAAUCUGCAAUCGAGUUGUGGCGACGCUGUGGUUCCAUGGAUGAGGGUUUUUACUGCUCUCUGCAAGUAAAUAUCAACACUUUAGUAGGGACAUUUCCUUUCUUUUUUUUUUACUCACUUAUUUUAACAUAAGUUCAAGAUUUAAUUUCUUUUUUUAUUCAUUUAUAUUCUCAUUUUAUUAGGUUUAAGUUUUUAAGAUAAGAUCGAGCUUUUUGAGAUUAAAGACUUGAGUUAAAACUAUUAAAUAACCCACAACUGUACAGGUCCCUUGAGUCCAGCAAUGUUUAAAAUAUUUAAAAUAGAUUACAUACAAAAAUGAAUAACUCUUUGAGCUGAGGUAGUGACCAUUUGAAAACCAUUGCAUCUUUUACCUUUAUUCAAAAAAUACUUUCUCAACUAUUGUCGGUUCAUUUUUAACAUUUGACUUAAACACCUGAAAUUUGCUUUUAUUCACAAGGGGAAUACUUUGAAAUACUCUUAAUGUAUUAAAACCCUAUUUCAGGACCGAAUGUGCAAGAAGACUGUCAUCUUAGUUGUCAUCCAUGGCAAAAAUAAGAAAAAGGAGUUGAUGUUCAAUGUGUACAGAGCAAAUACAGGACUGCAAGGACGACCGGAGACUCUGGAGGAAGUCAAGAAGAAGUAUAAAAAGUGUCUGCCAGAUGUGGCUCAACCUUUAUGGGAGGAUCAGUACUUAGUGUCUGAAACCCAGUGCAGCCACAAAUAUCUGUAAGUCUACAUCACUGCUAUAAUUGAAAGGAUAGCUAUGAAAUGUCCUCUAAUGUAACUGGUAUAUUCGUUGAAAAAAUAACGUCACACUCACUAGAAAAUAUAAUAGCCAUUAUAAAAAAAAAUUAUUUUAUAUUAUUAAUUGUACGUAGCCUACUGAUCCCUAGGGUUCAUUGAUAAUAUAGUAUUAAAUAAUUUGAUAAAAGCUGAAGUGCUUAAUUAUUUUAAAAGAACAUCUUUUUAAAGCAUUUAAUGAGGAUAGUUAUUAAGCUUGACUUUACUGCAAUGCUUGUGAGUGUCAUGUUAGCUUAAAUGUUGACAGUAUUGCUCUGACAAAUGCUCAUUUCAUGUAAUUCGUUUUGGCAUGAGUAAGAGCAGUAAGUUUUUGUGUUGUUAUCAAUACUUUGAACAAGUUGAAAAGAUAAAAACCACAGAUUAUAUGUGUGUGUAUGUAUAUAUAUAUUUCCAGACCUGUUUACCCUCAAACUCUUCAAAUCGUACAAUAUCAUCACAAAAUCAUUCAUCGUAACAAAUAAACAUACAGUAUAUAGAUUGUAUACGCCUCAAAAUCGUACAUCUUAUGCCCAGAUCGUAAGAGUAAACAGGUCUGUAUAUCUGUGGAACCUCUCAUAACGAGCAUCAUUCGUUCCAGAAUCUUACUCGUUAAGCGAAACACUUGUUAAACGAAACAAUUUUUCCCAUACAAAUCAAUGUAAAAUACGACAAUGCGUUCCAUGCUGAAAAAAUAAUCAUUUUUUCAAAAAAAAAUUUUAUUAACAUUUAUUCAAAUGAAAUAACUUAUGAAUUGUUAAGGAAUGUAACAACUUGGAAUACAAUUUAGAUUUGAAACAAAAAACGUAAAAAAAAUAUUAAUUAAUGACAAAUAAUUAAUCCUUUUUAACUAGAAAACUGUCUAAAGACAUUUGUUUUUGCCAACGCUUCGAAAUUUGUCGAAAAUGUGUCACAGCAUUAUCAUUGAAUACAUUUUUAGCACGAAUAGCCACCUCCUUAUUAGGAUGAUGCUUCUCAAUGAACAAUGCAACAGUUUCCCAUGCUUUCAGCAUUUCUCUUAUUGCGCUAGAAGAUUGUUGCUCUGCUACUUCCUCCUCCAUAAUUUCUUGCUGUGAAACACGAUGCAACUCCAUAAGCUCUUCGAUGGUCAACUCUUGACUGUGCUCUUUCACAAGCUCUUCAAUAUCGUUGUUGUCCACCUCGAGUCCCGUGAUAUUGGCCAAUGACACAAAUACCAAAUAAACAAAUAAAUAUUUUUUCAAUUAGGCGUGGGAGCUGCAGGAAAGCAGCCACAGGACAGCAAUGUGACUUUGGACUGCGCACUAGAUUUUAUCAUGUGUUGAGUGGAUCAGUGCUGAGUGUGUGGAGUAAAGUGGAGGGAGUUUUGGUGGGCCUCAGUGCAACCUCUCGUAUGCAAAUCAUUCGUUUGCGCACAGAAGAUAAUCAAAGAAUUGUUGGUGAGUUAUGUAUAUUUACAUUAAUUGUAAAAAAAUUUGUGUUAUAAGUGACAUAAAUUUUGUUGCAUUGUCCCAUUAUUGAAUAAGUCUAUUAUUUUUAUGAUAGUUUUAACCAGUACUUUACUCCGAGUUUUUAGAGGCAUUACAAAAAAGGGUAACCUUAACUCCAAAUUAUUCUUUUGUUAGAAAAAUUAUAUUUAUUAAAAAAAUGAUCCAAUAAUUCAGGUAUUUUUAAUAAGUGUAAAGCCAUGACACAUAAGAAGAAUUAAAUAAUAGUUAACAAUCAGCCUGUAGAUGAAGUUUCAACAAACUUUGAUGAUACUCUUUAAUCUUGUACAUUAAUCUGUGUCUAAAAUGUUCAUCAGGAAGUCUUAUCCCACCCAAUGCCGUGACAGCCUUAGAGAGAACCCUGGGCCAGGACUCUGCCAAGACCUACACAGAGAAGCACAACACUCCGUUCAACUAUCAGCCCUACAUUCCAGGCAGCAAUGACAGUCAUUACAAGACCAACACCAGCUACAGUUUGCUCAAUGGUGGCCCAACACCUGGCACCAGCAGCAGCAGCAGCAACACCAGAGCGGGUCAAGAUACCUUCAAUCACACCAGCAUUGACAGUAAUACCAACGGCAAUAACGUACAAACAGAAGAAAACGAACCACCAGAACUGCUCAGUAUGCCAACUUUGGUCUGGUAAUUGGUUGAAGACUUUCAGUUUUCAUAUGGUAGAUAACGAGCCAAUCUCCAGACAAUUUUGCAAUAAUAAUUUCUCAAGUAAAACUGAAAUAUAUACAAGAAUAAUGUAUUCCAGGACACAGUCAUCUUCAAUUUUUAAGGAGCAGCUCUCCAUAAUAUUCUGAAGUCGAACUUGAUUUGAACAAUUUUAUGGAUUUUAUUAAGAAAUCCAUUAUAAAAGCUUCUAAACUGGAUACCAAACCCAACCGUCUUUCAAUAUGAUAAGCAUUAUGAUAAAAUUACAAGGUGUCUCAAAGUCAAGCAUUUAGAAGAAUCAAAUUGAGUAGCAUGUGAAAUCAAUCAUGUGUCCCAAUAUUUGCAUGCCAUCAAAGUCAUACAACACAAGUCUGACAUGCUAGACAUCUCACAUUGCUUUGAUUGCGAGACUGCAGCUUUUAGUUAAUCAUUACGUGGUCAUUAAAUUACACAAAAUCUGGAAGAUUACUUAAUACUAUUACAGAUUUAUCUUUUAAGCAAAUGCUAGGUUGUUGUUUUUUCCUUCCCAUAAAAUAUAUCAUCGCAACUUUAUAAAAAAAAAAAAAGGUAGUAUAGCAAUCUCUUUGCCAUUUAAAGUGGUUCCAUUUUAAAAAACAAGAAGAUUCAGCUAAAUUUAACAAAAAAAAUCUUCUGAAAAAAUAGGCUCUGAUAAUCUGGUUGGCUUCUUGAAGAGAAUUUGUCAUUUAAGAUGUAUACAAUGUUGAUGUAUUCACUCAGCACUGGUGGCUUUAAAUGCCUCAUCUCUCUUGCUUAAAAGUGAAGCCUUUGAAAUGUCCUCCUGUAUUCAAUGUCAUGCUAUGCAUGAGCAUUAAUAUUUUCCAGCUAAUUGCCAGACAGAAUCUAACCUGGCUGUAUUUUUUUCAAAUGAAUGGAUAGC